AUGUCGCUCAAGCAAGAGAUUGAAACCUGGGUCACCGCGCUGGCCGCGUACGACAACAAUGAAUUCGGCAAUGCGAUCAAGUGCUUCGAGCAGAUUGCGGAUACAUCGAAGAUCUUGUUCAAUUGCGGAGUGAUAUACGCGACACUGGGAGAGCACCAUCGGGCGGUGGAAUGCUAUCAGAGAGCUGUCCAGCUGGAUCAGUAUCUGGCCAUUGCAUACUUCCAGCAAGGCGUGAGCAAUUUCCUCAUGGGGGAUUUCGAAGAGGCGCUGGCGAAUUUCAACGAUACGCUGCUCUACCUCAGGGGAAACAACAACAUCGACUAUGAGCAGCUGGGACUGAAGUUCAAGCUGUACUCUUGCGAGGUGCUGUUCAAUCGGGGACUGUGUUAUAUUUACCUGCAACAGACGGAUGCGGGGAUGCAGGAUUUGAUAUAUGCGACGAGGGAGAAGAUGGUGCCAGACCAUGAUGUGAUUGAUGAGGCUAUUCGCGAGCAGGCGGAAGGGUACACGGUGUUUUCGAUUCCGGUGGGAGUGGUCUAUCGACCGAACGAAGCCAAGGUCAAGAACUUGAAGACGAAAGAUUACCUCGGGAGAGCGAGGCUAGUAGCACAACAGGAUCAGCAGAACCAGGAUGCCAGGCGGCAAGCGCUUGCGGCUAUAGGGAUCGACGACAGACCGGGGGAGAAGCUUUCGUAUGCUGCAUUGAACUUGGUCAGGCCGGAUUUACGAAGCAGAGGCAGACAACAAUCAGAGCCACCGCUCCAGCGUAACGUUUUCCCUCCCACACCACCGCCCGAGCCAGAGCGACCAGACUCAGCGCACGGACGGCGAAAAUCGACCGAGAGCACAAACUCCGAGAGAUCGAAUAAAUCCAGCAUCCAGCAAUCGCGACCAGCAGCGAAGCCUCUCCGGCUGGAACUCGGCGUCGCGGCCUUUGAACAGAAGACUUCUUCUUCGUCAGCAGCAGCGGCAGCAGAACGACCACGCUUGGGACCAAAGCGGUCUGAAUCAGAACGCCCACCCAUGCGACGAGAAUACUCCGGCGGUUCGUCAUCAACAACAACACGAAACCAACGACGCGCCGAAGCGCAUCGCUCUCGCGAGAUCCCGGAAGUGCGGAUUGAAGAGGAUCCGAUUCAGGCGUACAGCGAGCAGGCCUCGUCACAACCACAACCACAACCGCAUCACAUGCCCAGCAGAUCAAGUGCCCAUCGCAGUCAGCCCUUACCGAUCGAAGAAGAAGCGGAAGAGGAAACGUACGGCGUCUCGCCCUCCGAUUACGCCCAUUCACCGCUCGCUUUUGAAAUUGUCCCACCAAGACCGUCCGGUGGCAACCACCAUCAUCCUCAUCACCACCACCACCGCUCGCAUUCACGACGCGCGCCUCCUCCGCCGGAGAUCCGCAAGAUCCGCAUCAAACUCCACGCGGAGGACAUGCGAUACGUGAUGACCACACCCUCGGCCACGUUCGACGAGCUCUCCGAGCAGAUCCGCGCGAAACUCGGCCUGGGAGGCCAGGCGGAUUUCAAAUUGAAAAUGAAAGACGACGAAGGCGAUCUGGUGACUCUGGGGGAUCAGGAUGACUUGGAUAUGGCCGUGGGUAUCUGUAAGGGUGUCGCUGCGCAGGCGAGGUUGGAUAUGGGAAAGAUGGAAUUGUGGGUUCAGGAGAUCUGA